AGAAGGGGAAGCGGGAGGCGCGGGGCCGGGUGGGCGGGGAGGCCGCGGCGGGGAGCGCGGCGGGAGCGGAGCCGAGGCCAAGUGCAUUGUGUCUGGCGGCGGCGGCGGCGGGGCCGCGGGGCUGCGGGCGGCGGGGCGGGGAGCCAUGGAGCCGCGGGCGCUCGUCACGGCGCUCAGCCUCGGCCUCAGCCUCUGCUCCCUGGGGCUGCUCGUCACGGCCAUCUUCACCGACCACUGGUACGAGACGGACCCCCGGCGCCACAAGGAGAGCUGCGAGCGCGGCCGCGCGGGCGCCGAGCCCCCGGACCAGAGGAGCCGCCUGAUGCCGCUGUCGCACCUGCCGCUCCGGGACGCGCCCCCGCCGGGCCGCCGGCCGCCCCGCCGCCCGGGCCGCGCGGACCCCGAGCCCUGGCGCGCGCUGCUGGGGCUGGGCGGGCUGGACGCCGCGUGCGGCCGGCCGCUCUUCGCCACCUACGCCGGCCUCUGGAGGAAGUGCUACUUCCUGGGCAUCGACCGGGACCUGGACAGCCUGGUCCUCAAAGGUAUUGCGCAGCGGUGCACGGCGAUCAAGUACCACUUUUCCCAGCCAAUCCGCUUACGAAACAUCCCUUUCAACUUAACGAAGACCAUCCAGCAGGAUGAAUGGCAUCUGCUUCAUCUGAGAAGAAUCACUGCCGGCUUCCUGGGCAUGGCCGUGGCCGUCCUGCUCUGUGGCUGCAUCGUGGCCACGGUCAGCUUCUUCUGGGAGGAGAGCCUGACCCAGCACGUGGCUGGCCUCCUGUUCCUCAUGACAGGGAUCUUUUGCACCAUUUCCCUCUGCACGUACGCCGCCAGCAUCUCCUAUGACUUGCACCGCCUCCCGAAGCUGAUCUACAGCCUGCCCGACGACGUGGAACACGGCUACGGCUGGUCCAUCUUCUGCGCCUGGUGCAGCUUGGGCUUCAUCGUGGCAGCCGGAGGGCUCUGCAUCGCUUACCCUUUCAUUAGCCGGACCAAGAUGGCGCAGCUCAAGUCUGGCAGGGACUCCACGGUAUGACUGUCCACCCUCAAGGUCACCGCUCGGUGGCCUGUCCACGGGGCAGAGGACUCCCGAGGGGAACGGAGUGGCGUUCGCAUCAGGAUCCCAAGCACAAAGCGGUCUCUGACAUUCCAGCCUGUUGCCUGCCAGCCGUCUCUGGAGGACUGAUACCAACCUCCCCACCCUCCUAAGGACAAGACUACUGUGGACUCAAGUGCUUUAAGGACUACGUACGCUUUGACUGUGAGGAAUAGGGAGCCAGUGCCAUGGAACACGUCUAGGUUUCAGACCAGGAGGAGGUGGUGGUGGAGGGAUCGGUAGGAUUGCCACCUAUCGCAGAACGUUUGUAUAUAACAAUGACCUGAGAGUCAUUUCUCUUUGCAAAAGGAUUCAUCGCAAAGCAAGUCUAAUUUUCUUGUUGUUGGGCCAUGCUUGUUACAUUUUCAUACACGCCUCUUCAGAACUUGUCCUGAUGGUGUCUCGUUUGUGUUGGCACCAAAUGUCUGUGGACGUUCCUUGCCCCAGGAGGAUUCUUCUUCUGUUGCCUUAUUUAUUUUUUAAUUGAAGUCUCUUCUCCGUCGUUGUAUUGGAAUCGAAAUCAUAAGGAAAGCAGAUCAGCUGUGUUAAGAGCUAUUUCGUGACACUAUGCAGUAUUGUUUGAAGUCCUGCCUGUUGUCUCUUUACGUUCACUGAGUUCUGCAUUAAAUGACUGCCACCUUGUUAAUCUGGGCGUUUUCCAGUCUUUCAGCCGUAGUAGCAUGCUUCCCAGCUUACAGACAGAUGAGAACCUUGUUUUAAUAAGACUGUCACCAAGGCUUUCUAAUCACUCCAUUUCCAUUAGGUUGGCCAUUGUGGUUUAUCUUUUGUAUGUAGCAACCACACACUUGGUAUG